UCGGUAGAGGUUCAAGACAAAUAGUCUAAUGGGGGCUACCGCACUAGCUAUUGUAAUAAUCCUUUCAUUAGGUGUCCUAGAAGUGGAUGGAAGAAGACGUAGGGCAUAUGAAGAAACGGACUCCCUGCAACUAACUGAUGCCAGGUUUACAGACCUACUAAAAGAGAUCAAUUCGACGUACCAUAACAGACCCCUUAACACAGCAAACAAUAAGGAGUUCGAAAAGUAUUUCCGAAAGGUUUUAUUUGCCAUUAACCUAUCCAUUUACGACCUAGCUACCAAAAUUGAUAUCUACACAGAUUUCUCGGUUUACAAUCAAAUUAGAUUAGAACUCGAGAGAGAGAUGUUCAAAAAGCUACAGGUUGCGGAGAGGCUCCUAAAGUUUAAAAAUCUCCUACCAAAGUGUCGUAAAUUUUUUUCGAGUCAAAUAGUGCUACUAAAAGCAAGCUUCAGAGAAACCAACUUGAUGAAAAUGGAAAUACUACAUGAUCCUAGUCCAGAGUGUGAAAAUGUUGAGAUAGAAAAGAUUUUCGUUCCCACAACUCCAACUCCAAAGCCCAGAAACUAUGAUCAAGAGCUCCAUGAUAUUUUGCAGAAAUAUAGGAAGCGUCCUUGGGGAAAUAAAAAAUAUGUGGAGUUCGACGAACAAAUUUGGAAGGCCUUCAUGGCCACGAAUCAGGAAAGUAAGCGCCUAAAGAGAGAGGCAGUGGACGCCUUCCUGGCAUAUGACGAAAACCGUGACAAACUGGACAAGGCUUUGGCGGUUAGAAUUGGAAAGUUUAAGAAACGCAUUGAAACCGAAACAGACUAUGAUUGUAAAUCAGAUCUAAUAAAGCUGAAUAAGAAACUAGCCAGAGCCAUGUUCAAAACCAUCAAGGAAAAGCACACUAUCCUAGUCGCAACAAACUAUGUACAGUCUUGUCUUUCUAAUGAUUGGUAA